AUGUUCCAACACUUGCUACUGUAUGAGAUUGUCAACACCAGCAAUGUGGAAGCUAUUAAAGCUCUUUGCAGAGAAGGUGCUAGCCUCAAGGAACGUGCUAGCUUGAAGCUUUUUAUAAUUUCGGGAGGUUAUGCCUUCCCUUAUUACACCCAAACUUCUGUAGAAGCUGUUCCAGAAUAUGUGAAAUUAGUAAUGGCAUUAAGUACUUCCAUGGAGUCCACUGCAGUGGAUAUACAAUUACUUCCUAAUUCUGACCGGAUCUAUGAAUCAAUUACAAAUGGUUGGGGAAGCUCUGCUGAUAAUAAUACCAGCUAUUAUAAUGGGUGGGGGCUAGUUGUUGGAACAACACAUCCAGAAGCUACAAGCAGUGGAUGUAUGAAUGAAUCAGGGAAAGGGGACUACAGAGGAUGA